GGACAGAGGGACUGGGAGAUGGAAGGAUCCCUAUUUCCUAGUUAGGGAAAUUGCUGGAGUGAAAUUUCCCCUCCGCUCCCCUCCCUUCCCCUGUCCUCCUCCUCCUCCUCCCCUCUGGCCCUUCCUCUCCCUUCCCAGCCUCUGGCAGGGGCUGGGUGUUUAUUUCAGGAGUUCUGGCCCGGGCUUCGUCGGCUUCUCUUCUCCAUCAGAAUGCCCUCCCCCUCCCUUCUCCUACCAGCCCCCAGCCGGGGGUCACAGCCUGGCUUCUCUCUGUUGGAUCUCAAAGCACUCGUUUGUCCGAUGCCAUUGAAUUUAAGUGAAAGGAAUGGACUAGAGCCUGGGCUCUGGAGUGUAGGGCCGGAGGUUCUCCCAUCCAGGUUUCCUGGAAGCUCUAAUCAUUGACAUUCUCAUUCCAGACUGCCUACCCCAACGGGUCUCCAGAGCUGGCUGGAACAUGGUGGCCACUGGCAUUUAGUCAGCCUGCUAGGGAGGAAGGGAGAGCCUCAGACUGUUGGUCCCCUGUGACAGGUUUAUCCUCUGAAUUUGGGCUGGAGGGGACCUUAUCCAGUGUCUAGUCCAAGUACCUCAUUUAAUUAGAAGAAAUGGAGGUGAAUUGAUAGGCUCAAGACCAGAGAAAAUGGUAGAUCCAGUAUUUGAAUUCAGGCAAUCAAAGCCAAGCCUUCUACUGGAGUAGCCCUGUCUACUGUCUCCUUCCCUACUGCCUACAGUGCCCAUGUCUGUCCUAGCCUCAAAAAGCCUUACUUGUUCUUUCUGUCUCCAUUAUCAUCCCUUAUUUCUUCUGACCUUUAUGGCCAAACUCCUCAAAAAGGCCUUGAUAAUGGGUACUCCACUUUUUCUCCUCUCAUUCCCUUCUUAACCCCUUAUAAUCCUGCUUCUAGUUCCAUCAAUCCAAUGAAACUACUGUCUCUGGAGUUACCAGCCAUUUCUUAAUUGCUAAAUCCUUUUCUCAAUCUUUCUCAGUCCUCUUCCACACUCUCUUCUCUCUCGGUUUCUGGGACACCAUCUCUCCUGGUUCUCCUACCUGUCUGACCACUUCCUUCUUGUCUCUGACAAAUCUGGAGACCCCAACUAAGCAAUAGGAAACACUGACAGAACCUAACUAGGCAGCAGGAAACAAACAGAGCCCAUGGAGAUAGCAGGCCAACAAACAACAGUUGAUUGAUGAUCGCCAAGAACAUUCAACCCCCUAAUACUAUAAAACAGUGAUGGUGAACUUAUGGUGCACAUGCCAAAGAUGGCACCCAGAGCACUCUAUGUGGGCAUGUAGCCACCCCCCUUCCCAGAGUUCAUUACUAGAAUGGCAAAGGGACUUGAGCAAAGCUGCUCCCCUCCCUCUCUCCACCAUGCCUGACUUCUUUUUUUCCACAUUCCCCACCAUUCUGCCCAGCAGCCAAUGGGAGUGCACAGUGCAUAAGGUGGGCAACUCACAGGUGGCAGAGCUGGAGGGGAGCAGAGUGCUCAGGCCACUCCCCUCCUCCUCUUCCACACUUAGUGAGGACAUUCCUCACUUCACCCACCCCUCCGCCCAGCAGCCCAAUGGGAGUGCUUCCUCCCCUAUGUGGAAUAUGGGGGGAUGAGAUGUGCCUGGCACUCAGUAGAAGGGUGGGCAUAGCACUCAGUCUCUAAAAGAGUCACCAUCAUUGCUAUAAGAUCUCAUGAUUCCCACACUCAGGGGGGGACUCUGUAGCCAAUUCUCUUGGCACCGGGCUCCCCCUUGUUACUCCUUUCACUAAUGGGACUCCCUAGCAGGCUCCCCCUUGUCACCCCCUUUCCUCCAUUCCCCCAACCUUGAUGGGACUCCACCUUCUCCUUCCCUCCAUUAAAGCUUUCCUCUAUUACCUUACUCUGCUCAAAGUCCCUUGUGCCAAACUGCCAUCAGUCGGACUGACAGUCUCCUUUGCUGCUUCUUCAUUCUGGUUAUGCCCAAUAACUAAGGAUGCCCCACAGGGUUCUGUCUGGGAUUUUUUUCUCUUCUCUCUUUACACUAUUUCAUUUGGGGAUCUCAUCACUUCCCAUGGAUUUAGUGAUCAGCAUCUCUAGACUGAUGAUUUUCAAAUCUAUUCAUCCUGCCCUAACCUUUCAGCUGGCCUCUGGUCUUACAUCUCCAUCUGCCUUUCAGAUAUCUCAAAUUCAACAAGUCCAAAACCAAAUUCAUUAUCUUUCCCACUACUUUCCCUAUUAAAAAAAAUCCUUACUGUCCUGUGUAUUGGUUCCAAGGAAGAAGAGUGCUAAGGGCUAGGAAAUUGGGAUUAAGUGACUUGCCCAGGGUUACAUAGCUAGGAAGUGUCUGAGUCCAAAUUUGAACCCAGGACCUGACUGUCAAAUCACUGAGCCACUUAGCUGCCCCCUAUUUUCGUUAUUACUGGAGAGGUCAAUGACAUCCUUCCAGACCCUCAGGCUUGCAUCCUGGAUGUCAUCCUCCUCCACUCUUUACUAUUUCUCACCCUCCACCACCACCACCAUAUCUCAGCUCUUACCAAGCCUUUUCAAUUUCUUCUUUUCAACUUCUCUUGAAUACACUCCCUUCCCUUUUCUCACACACCACCACCCUCAUAUUGACCUUCAUUACCUCACUAUCAGACAUGAUUUGAUAAGAGCCAGGGUCUACUAUGACAAAAGGUAGAUCUAUCAGCCCCAAGACUCUCCCCACUCCAGGCCACUCUCCAUUCAGCUGCCAAAAUGAUUUUCCUGCAGUGGGAGUUCUGACCAUGCCACCCUCCUCCUCAAUAAACUUCAGAGGCUCCCUAUUACCUCCAGAGUCAAAUAUAAAGUCCUCUUUGGGGUGUUCAAAGCCCUUCAUAACCCAGCCCACCCCAGCCCCCACCUUUCUAGUCUCCCGACACCUUACUCCUUGACACAUACUCAUUGAUCCAAUGACACUGUCCUGCUUAUUGGAUCUGGAGUGAGAUACUUCCAGCUCUUGGCUGGAGGCGUUUUCUCUGGCUGUCCCCCAUGACGUGCCCCUACUGGCUCCCUUCAAGUCCUAAUAAAAUCUCAUCUUCUAAAGAAAACCCUUCCCAACCCCACUUAAUUUCAGUGCCUGCUUCCUUUUACUUAUUUCCUAUUUAUCCUAUAGCUUGAUUGUACAUAUCUGGUGGUUUUUUUUCUUUUUUAAUCCUUACCUUCUGUUUUAGAAGUUAUAUUAAGUGUUGAUUCUAAGGCAGAAGAGAGAUAAGGUUUAUGGAACUGGGGAUUAAGUGACUUGCCCAGGGUCACACAGCAAAGAAAGUAUCUGAGGUUAGAUUUGAACCCAGGACCUCCUGACUCCAGGCCUGGCUCUAUCUACUGAGCCAUGUAACUGCCCCUGAACAUAUCUUUGUCUCCCUGUGAGCUCCUUGAAGGCAGGGACUGUCUUUGGAUUGUUUUUAUAACUCCAAUGCUUAGCAUAGUGCCUGGCACAUAGUAGGCACUUAAUAAAUGUUUAUUGACAGACUAAUUGACUGAUUGGUCCUCUGAGGGAUUGUAGCUCCUCAUUCCCUGCGAUCCAAACUGAAGAGGGCUUACUGGGAGCAGUCAGAUGCUGAGCUGGAAUAGAUCAUGACUUAAGGACUGUCCAGAAGGCUGUCCAGCAUUCAAGAACUCGGAGGAGCCCAGAGCAUGUCCCCUUUGCUCUCCUCUCUGGAGGCAGCUCUCAGGGUAGACACAGAGCCCCCACCCCUAACUGCCCUAAGCUGCCCUUGGAAUUCCUCGGGGGCCAACCCUGCUUAGCUGGGGCUCCAGGAGGACCCAUAGCUAGAACUUCCCAAGACCUUCAUCCUCUGGGCUCUUAGCCAGGAUGUCCCCCAGGACUCCCUCGCUUGGGAAUUCCAAACGACGCUAGAUUUCCUUUCCCUCCAACAGCGUCCCCCUCUUGCUUCUAGCACCCCUCCUGCUCCACUCUUCUCUCCCCCAAUCCCUGAGAGGGAGUUGAAGGAAGGCCAUCACCCUCUUCUCUUCUACCUUACCAAAGAACAGGAGGCUGAGAAUAAGAGUCCACUAAGUCCAGUCCUGGGAGAGUGGCGUAGCUUCCUUUCUCUCUCCAUAAAUGUGCAGCCCAAGCCAAGACCAAGGUUUGGAAGGGGUUAGCUCUUAUGACCCUAAUUUUCCCCUUAGUCAGCCCCCUCUGGGAAAGGUUUUAGAAGAAAGGAAAAUGAAGAGUGGAUCUCAACCUUCGUUCCUAGGAUGUUCCUAAGAAUUUUGGUACUUGGGGGACAGCUGGGUGACUCAGAGGAUUGAGAGCCAGGCCUAGAGACGGGAGGUCCUGGGUUCAAAUCUGAACGCAGAUACUUCCCAGCUGUGUGACCCUGAGCAAGUCACUUAACCCCCAUUGCCCAGCCCUGACCACUCUACUGCCUUGGAACCAAUAUAUAGUACUGAUUCUAAGAUGGAAGUAAGAGUUUAAAAUAAUAAUAAUAACAAUAAUAAUAAUACUUGUACUUGGGGCACUUUUUGUGGGGGAAAUAUAGUACUAGAGGACAGGAUGGCCUCAAGUCCAGUCCAAGCAAGAGAUGGGUAGAGGAGAGCCCAUCUCUCAGAGAGUGGCCAAAUGGCUUCAUCUGAGAGCAGUUGGCCUGGACAGGUCUAGGAGGAGGGGGAAUGUUGGGGCUCUGGGAAUCCAAGCUUCUGCCUGAUAUCUCUUCAGACACUUUGUCCACCUCCUUCCCUCCUUACCACCCUUUUCUCAGUGUAUAGUCAUUAGAAAAGCAGAUUUUCAGGAAAAUUCUUCCUUUCCCAAAACAGCUUUUUUUGUGUGCCUGAGAUUGAGAAAGAGAGACAGACAGAGGCGGAGACAAACAAAUAUAGAGAUACGGAACAACCAAGUGAUGUGUGUGUGGAUACAGACAGAUAGACAGACAGACAGACAGAUAGAUAGAUAGAUAGAUAGAUAGAUAGAUAGAUAGAUAGAUAGAUAAAUGGAUAGAUGAUAGAUAGAUAGAUGGAUAGAUGAUAGAUAGAUAGAUGGAUGGAUGGAUAAAUGAAUAGGUAGACAGACUGAUAGAUGGAUGAAUAGAUAGAUAGAAGAAUGGAUAGAUAGAUAGAUAGAUAGAUAGAUAGAUAGAUAGAUAGAUAGAUAGAUAGAUGGAUGGAUAGAUAGAUAGAUAAUUGGAUGGAUGGAUGGAUAGAGAGAUAGAUGGAUGGAUGGAUGGAUGGAUGGAUAGAGAGUCUGAGAGACAGACAGAGACAGAGAGGGAAAGAGAGAAAGGGGGAGACAGAGAGAGAGACAGAGACAGAGAGGGAGAGGGAGAGACAGACAGACAGACAGAUAGAGAUAGAGAGAAAGGGAGACAGAGAGGAAGAGGAGAGAGAGAGAGAGAGAGAGGAGAGAGAGAUUGAGGGGGAAGGGAAAGGAGGAGGAAAAGAGACAGAGGGGGAGAGAGAGAGAAAGAUGGAGAUAAAAAGAGAAACAAAAAGAAAGAGAGAGAUUGAGAGGGAAGAAGAGAGGGAGAGAAGAAGAAAGAGAGAAGAACUCUAUUGGAUGAACCCAAGCCCCAGAACGCCAUCACCAUUGCUGUGUCGUCCAAGGCUCUCUUCCGCAUGGAGGAGGAGCAGCGCAUCUACCGGGAGAAGGGCGUAGAGGAGUAUGUUCGGUACCAGCUGGAGCAUGAAAAUGAGCCACUCAGUCCAGGGCCCGCGUUCCCCUUUGUGAGGGCUCUGGAGGCUGUGAACAGCCAGCUUCGGGAACUGUAUCCUGACAGCGAGGACCUCUUUGACAUUGUCCUCAUGACCAACAACCAUGCCCAAGUUGGGGUUCGGCUUAUCAACAGCAUCAAUCACUACAAUCUGUUCAUUGAGAGGUUCUGCAUGACUGGGGGAAACAGCCCCAUCUGCUAUCUGAAGGCUUACCAUACCAACCUCUACCUGUCCUCUGAUGCAGAGAAAGUGAGUGAAGCCAUUGGAGAGGGAAUUGCAGCUGCUACCAUCUUUAGCCCCAGCAAGGAUGUGGCAGUGCCUCAGAGCCAGCUUCGUGUGGCAUUUGAUGGAGAUGCUGUCCUCUUCUCUGAUGAGUCUGAGCAGAUUGUGAAGGCCCAUGGGCUCGACAUGUUCUUUGAACAUGAGAAGACAUAUGAGAACAAACCCCUGGCUCAGGGCCCCCUGAAAGGUUUCUUGGAGGCUUUGGGGAGACUGCAGAAGAAGUUUUACUCCAAGGGCCUGAGGCUCGAAUGUCCAAUCCGCACCUACUUAGUGACGGCACGUAGUGCUGCAAGCUCAGGGGCUCGUGCUCUGAAGACCCUUCGCAGCUGGGGGCUGGAGACAGAUGAAGCCCUGUUCCUGGCUGGGGCCCCCAAGGGCCCCCUGCUGGAAAAGAUUCGUCCUCACAUCUUCUUUGAUGAUCAGAUGUUCCAUGUGGCCGGGGCACAGGAGAUGGGUACUGUGGCUGCCCAUGUGCCCUAUGGCGUGGCCCAGGCCCCUCGGCGGACAGCACCCGAGAGGCAGGCCCCUCCAGCAGCCCAGUAAUCCUCCUGGUCAUUCCAGCAUGAAGAUCUAAAAAAGGCAGAGUGGAGCACCAGAAAGGAUAUGGGCCUCCAAAGAACUGAGUGUGUCUGGGGCUGCAUCCUCUUCUCUGACUUCCCAUCUGUUAGAUGGGAGUCAAUGAUGGCACUACCUGCCUCAUGGGUCCUUGUGAGGAAAGUGCUUUGUUCAGUAUCAAAAUGGGAGCCUUUAUCAUUGUUAUGGACGUUUGGAGCAACCCCAGCUCCACUCUUCCAACCCUCAUGAUUCCAUCUUGUACCCAGCAGCCCUGGGACAUGGGGCCACCACCUGUCCUCCACCCCCAUCUUGCAAUGCCUGCCUCGUUCCCUGGGCAUCCCUCACCCAGCCACCCCACUACCCACGUCCAACCUGUGUGUCUGUCUGCCUGUCCCGGGCAUGAAACCAGAAUGAGAGCAAAGACCUGAGGCCAAAAGAGGGAAUUUCUUAGCUAAAUCCCCAUCUGACAGUAGAUAGGAUCAGGAGAGGAGGAGUCAAAGGAGUCAAAGGAAAACAGCAUCUCUCCCUAGAAUGAGGUUAGCAUCUAGGAUGGGAGAAGCCAAGUUGGAAGUUGGGUUUUCCCACUUAUCACCUACUUGACUUUGACGCAGUCCCCCUCUCCCCAGUCUUAGUUUCUUCACUCAUUAAAUGAGAGGAUCAAACUGAAUGAGCAGUCAGGGAUGGGAGAGCUCAGGGGAAAGAGGAAGAUGUCUCUGGCACAUCUUUUCCUCAGGAUAGAAGGAAUCUGGGAGAUCAUUCAUUCCAAUCUUCUCAUGUAACCCUUGAGGAUACUGGGAGUAACUUGCCCAUAGUUACUCACCUGGAGAACAGUAGGGUCACAAUUCAAACCCAGGACCUCCGAGUUCUUUCUACUACACUUAAAAUCAACUGUUUCCCCCAUAAAUCAGUUCUCAGUCUAGUUUUAGUCCAUUUUCUACCUCCCGUUUGCAAAGCUUUGAUGAUCAAAGGACCUUCUCAAAAUCUAUGAAGUUAAAAAAUACAAUUCCUUCUUUUCUAAUCCUAUUCUUCCCAUUUCUAACUCCCCCCUUUCCAAUUCCCAGUAGUAGGAAGAAUGGGACACUGUGAUGCAUGGAGGUGGAUUCUCACAUGAGGUCCCCCCCUGCUCUGUACAUUUUGUGGUUUUGGAAGAGGGAGCAGGAUAUGAGAGAAACUUUCCCUGGGGUUGUUCACACCGUGCCUGGGGGUUCUAGUGAGCCAUUUGGUGGAGUUGGAGGGUCAACCAAUGGGAACAGAACCAGUGGACACUGGUGGGACCAGCCUAUCAGGUGAUGGGUGAUGAGAGUAAGUAUGGUAAGUGUAGACAGGCUUUUGCUACAUCACGAGGUUCAUUUCAGCUUUCACAUUCUGCGUCCUCUAAUUCCUUCCCAUCCUGACAUUCUAUGUUCUCCCAUUCUGUUUACUCAAGUCUUUUCCUGCUCUAUUUCUGUGACUUGAGGUGAGCUGAAAUAUGGCAGACUCCAUCAGGGCAGAUCAGGGCAGAUAUGGACUGGGCGGAGAAAAAACAGAAAUCAGCAAUGACUGAGUCACCUUAGACAAAGCAGAGCCAGGCUUGUUCUUCCAGAAACCACAGCAACAGAUGGUACUGCAUUCUGAUUGAUGGCUAUGAUUUCAUUAUUUGCUCUGAGCAAAAAGAAUAAGAGACUGGGAGUGGGAGAGAGAGAGAGAGAGAGAGAUUAACAGGAUAAUACAGAAAAGGAACCUGGAAGCUGAGAUAACAGAGUAAGGAAAUAAGACAGAUGACUCUGGGGUUCAGAGAUGGAAGACAGAAAUCAGGAACUGCCAUCACCAAAAGGAAAUCAACAAACAUUUAUUAAGUACCUGCUGUGUGCCAUAUGCAGUGCUGAAGACUGGGUAUACAAAGAAAGGCACUAGGGAUGGGAAGUCCUGGGUUCAAAUUUGCCUUCAAACAUUGCCUAGUGGUGUUACCCUGAACAAGUCACUUAAAUUCAGUUUCCUUAAUUGUAAAAUAGGGAUAAUCACACCUACCCCUGGGAAGUGUUGUGAGGAUUAAAAGAGAUAAUAUUUGUAAGGCACUUAGUAUAGUGCCUGAUUACACAGUAAGUACUAUAAAAAGACUGUUUAUUUACCUUUGCUUUAGGAAAGUCUUUUUAAGAGUAGAAAGGAGGAGGAAUUGAAGUGGGGAGAGACUUGGAGCAGGCAGAUCCACUAUCAGGCGAGGGUUCAGGUCAUGGGGGUCUGCACCAGGGUGGAGGCAGUGUCAGAAAAGAGAAGGGGCAUAUACAAGAGAUGGUAUAAAGGUGGAAUUCAUGAUUGCUGAAUUCUUGUCUAAAGGGAGCCGGGAGAGGAGAACGCUCCUGAAAAUGGGCUGCUUAAAGAAGGCUGAGAGCCUUGAAAUCCCUGCCAAACAAUCAAUCAAAAGACAAUUAGAAAACAAUUAUGAAGAAGGACAUGAUGAUGCCAGAUAUAGCUACUGCUGUGGGAGUUCUACACAUCUGAGAACAGGAAGUGAUUGCAAGAACUGGCAGGCCAAACUGCCUCUCACCCUGAUAAAAGUAGCAACCUUUCUCCCUGGCUGAAGCUACCUCAAGGUGGCAUUUAAAAGCAGAAUCCCCAGACCUCUCCUUGCCUACCCUGAUUCUUGAGAUAUGGCCUCAGGGUUGAGACAACUGGCAGGCAGUUGAAAUCUCCUAGUGGCAUCACAGUAUAAUUCCAGAGACAGAAGAAAAAUAAGGUAGGGUCUUUGGUCCAGAGCUAGCAUGGUCUGUGUGGUCUGGAUCUUCAGGUCCCCCCUUGUUUGUACACAUCCACGUGCUUAACAAGGGCAAUUAGUUAAAAAAAAAAAAGGAAAGAGAAAUAUUGAAAGGAGAGAAAGACGGAAAGACAGAAAGACAGACAGACAGACAGACAGACAGAAAGAAAGACAGACAGAAAGAAAGACAGACAGAAAGACAGAAAGACAGACAGACAGACAGAAAGAAAGACAGACAGAAAGGAAGAAAGAGAGAAAGAGAGAAAGAAAGAAAGAAAGAAAGAAAGAAAGAAAGAAAGAAAGAAAGAAAGAAAGAAAGAAAGAAAGAAAGAAAGAAAGAAAGAAAGAAAGAAAGAAAGAAAGAAAGAAAGAAAGAAAGAAAGAAAGAAAGAAAGAAAGAAAGAAAGAAAGAAAGAAAGAAAGAAAGAAAGAAAGAAAGAAAGAAAGAAAGAAAGAAAGAAAGAUCUGUCACAAGACAUAGGUUCAAAUCCUAGCUUUGGUACUUCCUGGCUGUCAAUUUCCUGAACUGAAAGUCAGUUUCCUCACCCAUGAAAUAGGUAUAUUGAUAUUUGUGCUACCCACCUCAAAAGGUUGUAGGAAGCGAAAGAACUUUAUAAACACUUAGGUACUAUAAUUAUGAAUACAGUAGCAGAAAAAAAUCAAGCAAUUAUAGCCAAAGGAUUUGGGUUCAAAUCCCUGUUCUGCCCCUUAUUAACUGUAUAAUGUUGGGUAAAAGAGUCAGUUUCUCUGUGUAUCUGUUUCCUUGUGAAAUAUGAGGUCAGUGAUUCCCAACAUUUUGGACCCCUUUUAAUAACAAAAAAGUGUUGUAAAUUCUCAAGGUAAUUUAAAAUACUACCCGUAAUAUUAUUUUUGAUUUAUUUGUUGAGGGCUUACAAUAACUAUAAUGAUACCAGGAUCUAAAUUAGAAUUUACGUUAUAUGAUUAUAAUUAUAAAAUACAAGAUUUUAUUCUACUUAUAAUUAUAAAAAACUCUAAAUAUGAUAUAAAACCACAAUCAUAAAACAAUUAUGAAGAUUUUAUAUAGGAAAUUCUGUACGAGUUAAAAAAGACCUAUGUUUACUUUUAUCUGAGAUUUAAUAUAAAAUUUCUUUAUUUUAUACAUUUCAUUGAACAUAAAUAACAUUUUAAUGAAACGAGUUGUGACUUGGAAGACGUUGAACAUAAUAUACUAAUCAUAUCUAAACUA